CACUUUCCGUUCAGAUGACAGGCGCUUAGAAAUAAGAUCGCCAUAAAGGCAAAAUCAGGCAGGAAGUGACUCAUGUAAGCCCCCUUAUAUUUGUUUCCUCUGUGACCUGAAAGUGGAUAAGUGGAGGAGACUUUGGACGCGGAGCUAACAGCUACAACUCAAACUCUUAAGGUUGGACACUACUUAAAAGUUUCUGUUCGGCUUGUGAAGUCUGCGUCAUUCAUGCGUUAUCUCACGUCUGGAGGACAAUAAUGGCCUCUGAAAUUUCACCCAAAGGGAACAUAAAAGAAGCAGAGGCGCUGGCCCUCUCCUUGGGUGAAGCCAUCAGCAGUGGAGACUCUGAGGAGGCAGUUGAGCUGUGCAAGAAACUUUCCCAGCUCUCUGUUGAAGUGUCGGUCAACAUCAAGAGCCAUGUCUACCCUCAGGACUCGUUCAGAUUGAUGGUUGGUGUGCAGGAUGCGGAGUCAGAAGACUAUAUCCCAGUAACCCUUAUUGUUUCCACUGGCAUGACAAUUGCAGAAGUUAAAGAUAAGAUUAAUCAGGACUUUGGGUUCCACCCUACACUCCAGCGCUGGGUGAUCGGUAAACGCUUGGCCCAAGAUCAAGAAACAUUAUACAGCCACGGCAUCCGCAAGAGCGGAGAUCAGGCUUUCCUGUUUAUCCUCUCUGCCAAUGCAGCCCAGCUUACACGGCAGCAACACAACCAGGAACAGGAACAACAGCGCAUAGCUGGUAUUGUGGAAUCUUUGCCAUCAUUGCAGCUUCAUUGUAGAGGCGUAGGCAGUGGCGACAAAACAGUUCCUCCUCCUGUUCCUCCUAAAAACGUGACUCCUCCCAAACCUGCUCCUAAACCUCAGUUGGGCUGGGCCUGCACGAUGUGCACUUUUCUCAACAAACCAACACGCCCUGGCUGUGAGAUGUGUGGAGCGGAAAGACCUCAGGACUAUGAGGUACCAGAUGUCUAUCAGCCAGACCAGGACGAAGUCUUGCGCAUUCGGCAAGAGCAGCUGGCUUUACUGCAAUAUGAACAGGCUCAGCAGCUGGAACGUGAGCAGAACUAUUUGUACCUGUUGGCCACAGAUGACCACAACCUCAUCACUAACACCACAGAGACAGAUUGCCCCAUCUGUUUCUCCACUCUGGAGCCAGGAGACGGGGUUGUGCUCAGAGAAUGUCUGCACACUUUCUGCAGGGAGUGUCUUAAAGGGACAGUCAUAAACAGCCAGGAUGCGGAGGUAUCUUGUGCGGAUACGGAUUGCGAGAGCAAGUUAUUGGAUCGAGAAAUUAAAGAGCUGCUCACAGAGGAGGAGCACCAGCGGUUUUUGGAGCUGCGCUUGAGCAUUGCAGAGAGUCGCUCUGAGCACAGCUUCCACUGCCAGACCCCCAACUGUCGAGGGUGGUGCGUCUAUGAGGAUGAUGUCAACGAGUUCCACUGCGACCUCUGCAAUGAGACCAAUUGCAUCCUCUGCCGAGCCAUCCACAAAGACAUGAAUUGCAAGGACUAUCAGGAUGACCUGCGCAUCCGAGCAGAGAACGAUGAAGCAGCUCAGAAGACAAAGCAGAUGCUGGAGAACAUGCUGCAGAAUGGAGAAGCCAUGAAAUGCCCACGGUGUGACAUCAUCGUCCAGAAAAAGGAUGGCUGUGAUUGGAUCUGUUGUUUGAUGUGCAAGACGGAAAUCUGCUGGGUCACCAAACAAGCCCGAUGGGGACCAAAAGGAACUGGCGAUAUAUCCGGUGGCUGUAAAUGUCGGGUCAACAAUCAGCCUUGUCAUCCCAAUUGCCAAAACUGUCACUGAGGCAAACUCAUAAGCUCAACAAUCCGCUCUAUCACUGUGAACUGUUUCGAUUGUAUUACAAAUCUGAUGCAUUAAACUCUUGAACACAUAUUUAA